UAUAUAUACAUUUAAGCUGUUGGCGAAGAUCCGAUGAUUGAUACAUAUGCGUGGCAUAAUUUUAGAUGCCCUGUAAAAGGUUUUAAGUCAUGACACUUUUUUGACAGAACUUAUUGAUCGACUUCGCAUAAGUACCCUAAGGUUUUCAUAGUCACUCUGUCUGCCGUCAGUGCUCUAGGUGGUACCAUGCUUUUGGGGUUAGAUGAAUAUGUUAUAUCUCACUGCAGCUGACUGUACGGGAACGCCGAACGUUAAUGUAAGCAGGGAAAUAGGACCAAGAGAAUAUUUUAAAAAGAAAUUAAUCGUGAGAAUUUCGACAAUAGCAACUACAGAUGUGCAAUGCUUGCCAAGUGUUGGAUAUAUGUCUUUAUAUUAUGUCAAAUUAUAGUUAUAGGGAUGUACGUGUACUCAACGUUGUACGUUCCCCUGAUUGAAGUUGCUCAUAAGAAAAGAAGCUCUGAACAUUUACAGAUAGGAUGUAAUGAUUCAAAUACAAAGUUUCUGACGAUUUUUACAACAUUUUCAGAAAGAGAACUCCCACGUUUCCGAAUUCAGAAUAACACACUUUGUAACUAUGAGAAGUUUCCAAAGCAUUUGACCGAGCGAGCUAUAUUUGCAAGUGAUGGCUUCCAAUUACGAAGAGAUGGAAAAUGUUGGUUGGAAACAGUUUCAAAUACGAAUGACUCUGAUUGGCACAUUAUCAAACUGGAACCGCAUAUGACUGCAGCUGGUAGACCCGUCCUGAGACAAAUGUUCAUUGAGACCCAAAAAAGAUUCAACACAGACCUCUACAUGUAUUCCAACGGUGAUAUAUUAUUUCAUGUUGAAAAACUGAUCACUUCCCUUGAAGAAGUCAAAAGAUUCACGAAAGCUCACAACAUCAGGAGGUUUAUUGUGUUUGGGGCAAGACACGCGGCAAAGUUAUAUUCAAAAAGUAAUGAGUCUUUUGAAAUUAUUUCCGGAUCCGAUGAGGAAAUUACUCAACGUUUCCGAGGUACCAAAUUGGAUCAACUAGAUGCACAAGAUUACUUCAUCACUAGUAAAACUAGUUUCCCAUGGGAUGCUGUGCCCGAUUACGUUGUCAGCCUUCCUGCCUUUGACAACUGGUUACUUAUGUUCAGUAACAAAGCAGGCAUUGCAACAUUUGACAUCACUGCCACUAACCUUGCCGUUCACCAAGCAGGGGCCCCAAAAUUCAAAGACAAUAAUUACCAGACGUCUAUGUCAAGUAAUAGGAAAUUAUGGAAUGCAUCAAUUAUAUCAUUUCGUGCAGGUAGCACUUAUCUAAAAAGUUGUUGCAAAUGGGAAACUGCGUUUAAGGAAGGUAAAGUUAUAAUAGUAAAAAAUCCAACAUUCAAGGACAAGUGUAUUGCAAAAUUAAAAAUCCCUGUUGAAAACUUUUUAGAUGAGAAGGUUUUUGAGGGUUAACAAUUAGAUUGGGACAUAAUUCCCUCCCACAAGUACACGUUUUGGAUUAAAAUGAUUUUUGAAGAUAAUUCCUUAAAAUUACACGUUUCUCAUUUGUAGUAUAGAAUAACAAGACAAGGAAUAUUGAAAUUGCAUGUACGCUAAAACUAAAAGAAGCAGGAAUAAUGAAAAUGAUUUUCAAGUAAAUUAAAAGAAAAAAUAUUAUAAAUAUAACAAGGAAUGUUAUUGCCGACUAAGGUAGUAUUCAAAAUAAGUUUACAAUCUCUGUUCAAGAGGAAAUUCCUAAUGUGCCCUCCAAAUUCUAAAGAUUUAAGAUUUUUACUUGAGACAACAUGGCCAAAUAUGCAACGUUAUCUUAGUUUGUGGAAAAUUGGAUCAAUUUUUAUCUAGGUCAAAUGUUAUAGCUAGGUCAAACCUUUUAUUUUCCCAUUGUUUUUUAUUUAUUCCGCCAUGUUUUUAUGAUGCUCGAUCAUAUUAUACAAUAUAUACUCUAUAAAAAAUAAAUAUAUGAGAAGUCUUUUACAUAUUUCUAACCCAUAUUGAGAAUCAGAUAGAUAUCCUCUGGAUUCUGACACCUUUUAAAAAAACUAGUCUCGGUUUGGAGAACGAAACUCAUCAGUCUACUGCACGUUACGCCUUCGGACAGUUUUGGUAUUUUAACAUAUUGUAGAUUUAAGUAAUUAUUAGCGCAGUAUACUGAUGAACUUCUUUCUCUCAAUCGAGACUUGUAUUUUAUUGAAUCGAUCUACUGCACGCUACGCCUGCUUCGGACAAUUUUGAUACUUUUCCUUGUAGAUUAAUUUAAAUGUCCUCUUUCGACUAUUCAUAAUUUAAUUAAGGGUAUAAUUCAUAGCAAACCUGCAAUUGACAAACUACGAUUGGGAGAAAGUGAUAAGGUUUUACUCGUCUAUACAUGCGAUGUAUUUUGCAUCCGAAACCGACCGUACAUUACAGAAUGUAUUUCAUGCCUACUGAGAUUCUUGGUAUGGUAUGGUAUGGUUCUUUAUUUCCUCCAAUUUGGAGAGCAAACUAGAUAAUGGCAACUCCACGGAGAAGCAAAUCCCAACGAACAUUAUAUAAAUCAUCAAUCUGUACAGUCACAAUGUAAUAAUUUACCAUCUACUCUUACCUCCAAUAAAUAUUUUGAAUCAUUGUAGU